GGCGCGCGAUGAGUCUCCUCAGCCAGUCCCGCCGGCUGCGGCAGAAGCUCGUCUUCAGCCCCGGCAGCGACUGCGAGGAGGAGGAGGACGACGACGACGAGGGCAGCGGCAACAGCACGGGCGACGACUCGGCCUUCCAGGAGCCCGACUCCCCGCUGCCGGCCGCCCCGCGGCGCCGCCGCCGGACCCCGGCGCUCCGAGGCCCCGAGGGGGACGACAUGUUGGAGGAGGAGGAGGAGGAGGAGGAGGAGCCGCCCGCCGCCCGCGGGGACCGGGCCGAGGGCGACUCGUGGGAGGAGGAGGGCUUCGGCUCCUCGUCCCCGGUCAAGUCCCCGUCCGCCUCCUACCUGCUCCACAGUUCCCUGUCGCCGCUGCGCGGGGACCCCCGGCCCCGGCCCCGCCGCCACGGCCCUGCCUCCCCGGCCCCGCCGCCCGACUACCCCGGCACCCCGCCUCACAAGACCUUCCGAAAGCUCCGCCUCUUCGACACCCCGCACACCCCCAAGAGUUUGCUCUCCAAAGCUCGAGGACUAGAUUCCAGCUCUGUUAAACUGCGAGGUGGCUCUCUGUUUAUGAGUUCAGGAAGAUCAGAGAAGCAAGGAUUUGACAUGAGACAGACCCCCCAAGUGAACAUUAACCCUUUCACUCCAGAUUCCAUGUUACUUCACUCUUCUGGGCAGUGUCGGCGCAGAAAGAGGACACACUGGAAUGAUUCAUGUGGUGAGGACAUGGAAGCUAGUGAUGGAGAGCUUGAAGAUGAGGCAACCAGGCCUGCCAAGAGAAUUACAAUUACAGAAAGUAACAUGACGUCAAGAUACGCAUCUGAAUUCCAUGAGCUGGAGAAAAUUGGGUCUGGAGAAUUCGGUUCAGUCUUCAAGUGUGUGAAGAGGCUAGAUGGAUGUAUCUAUGCCAUAAAACGAUCUAAGAAGCCAUUAGCCGGUUCUGUUGACGAGCAGAAUGCUUUAAGAGAAGUUUACGCACAUGCAGUACUGGGGCAGCAUGCUCACGUGGUUCGAUACUUCUCAGCGUGGGCAGAAGACGAUCAUAUGCUUAUACAGAACGAAUAUUGCAACGGUGGAAGUUUAGCGGAUGCCAUAAGUGAAAACUACAGGAGUAUGAACUAUUUUACUCAAGCAGAACUGAAAGAUCUCCUCCUGCAGGUUGGCCGGGGUUUGCGAUAUAUCCAUUCAAUGUCUUUGGUGCAUAUGGAUAUAAAACCUAGUAAUAUCUUCAUAUCGAGGACAUCAGUCCCAGAUAAUACUUCUGAAGAAGGAGAUGAAGAGGAAUGGUCGUCUAACAGAGUUAUUUUUAAAAUAGGUGACCUUGGACAUGUAACUAGAAUCUCUAGUCCACAGGUAGAAGAGGGUGAUAGUCGUUUUCUGGCAAAUGAAGUUUUACAAGAGAAUUACACUCACUUGCCAAAAGCCGACAUCUUUGCCCUUGCUCUUACUGUGAUAUGUGCUGCUGGAGCUGAACCGCUUCCCACCAAUGGAGACCAGUGGCAUGAAAUUCGACAGGGAAAACUGCCCAGGAUACCCCAAGUGCUUUCCCAAGAAUUAACAGAUUUGUUAAAACUUAUGAUUCACCCAGAUCCAGAGAAAAGACCAUCAGCAGUGGCAUUAGUCAAGCACUCAGUGCUGCUGUCAGCAUCCAGGAAGAGUGCAGAGCAGUUGCGAAUAGAAUUGAAUGCUGAAAAGUUCAAAAAUUCACUCCUGCAGAAAGAACUGAAGAAGGCACAGCUGGCCAAAGCAGCAGCAGAGGAAAGAGCACUGUUCACAGAUAGAAUGGCAACCAGGUCUGCCACGCAGAGUAACAGAACGUCUCGACUCAUCGGAAAGAAAAUGAAUCGCUCUCUUAGCCUUACUAUAUAUUGACGUCCUCGUUCCACCAAAAACAAAAAACAAAAAACAAAAAAACAAAAACUGUGAAAACAAGCUAAAAUGAAAUCACAUCAUUUGGGCUGAGGGUUUGGGGGAGUUUAAAGAAGAAUCCAAUCUUCAAUGUCUAUAGUUUUACUAAAAUAGCUUUUAGAAUUUUUAAAUUGUGAAUUACAGUGGAAAUCUGUAUCUUGACCAUUGCUAUAUUUGACCUUAUAGCUGGUCUGUCUUACCUAGGACCCAGGAUGUUAAUCAUAAAUCAGCCUACAGUUACUGUUCAAUGUUACACUGUCCCGGAGUCCACCACUCUGAUGGUGUGCUGCUUUUCAUUUGUUACUGCAUUGUAAUAAAAAGGUCUCUUUCCCUUAGUAACCUGUAAAAAGGACUCAAGGGCUUUAUUGCAAAUCAGAUUCUGCCUUUCAAAACAAAGGGAAGUGCUGAGCACUCAGUGCCACCUGCCCUCAAUAUACCUGGUGUCAACGUUUUUUUUUUGUGGGUUUUUUGUUUUUGUUUUCGUUGUUUUGGUUUUUUUUUUAAUUGUGAAUUUUACUUGUAUCCAACUGGGAGCACUUUGUAGGCAUUGCAUAAACCUUGGGACAAUUAAACCCAUGGAAGUACUUGCCUUGUGAAUUUGCUGCUAUUUUAGUUUUGUCAUUGCUGUAAAAUUGUAGCAUUAAAACAAUCAUUGUUGUGAAUAGGCUUUCUGUUAAACAAUUAUGUGAAAUUGCUGAUGAAAAGCAGCAUUCGCCUCUUUGAAGCUAGUGCAUUGGAAAUGAUGAUGCACCUCUUGUCUUUCAAACUCUGUAUUAAUGUAGUGUAAUUAUUACUGGUUUUGUCAUUUUUUCCCAUAACGGCGAUCCCCACCCUCCACUUUUUUACAUUUUUUUUCCCCCGAAGUAUUUGGUUUUUUCGGCUGUACUGUUAGUCUAUUUUUUAAUGUUUUGCCCAUUUCCUUCUCAACAUCCAUGUGUAUAUAAAUUGAUCUUGGUGAUACUGUACUAAGCUGCAGUCUGAAUGCCAGUGACUUCUGCCUAGUCCAAGUUCUUCUCAGAUUAUUCUUGAACUGUAAUUAGUCUUUUGACUAAUAUUACAGGUAAAGUUUAUUAACGAAUGUUUUGUUUAAAACGUGCACACUCGUCUGUUUGACUUGUGUUUUAUUAGUGUUGAUCAGUAUAUUAAAAGUCAGUCUGAGCUUAA